AAGCAGCUCGUUUGAACAUCAUAAAAACGUGACCGUGCAAACGAGGCGCGCUUCUGUAACGCGGGUCGGCGCUUUAGUGUUUGGGUGUCGGCACACGGAAGGAUGUUAGAGACGGUCCGCCAAUGAUAGCCUCAUGGGUGGGAUCACUCGCGGCAGAAGGGGUGGCAUUUUAUUGUAAAGUAGUGCUUGUGAGACUAAACCCUAAAGAAGAAGACAACGUAAAAAUAGAAAGUCGGCUGCCAGCUGUCCGCCGGGCUUUUUUGUUGUUGUUGUUUAUUUUUCGUCGUGAACGAAGCUGACAGUUCCGAGGUCGCGAAUUGAAUUUUGGGGUCCUAGACGUUGCCAGGUCAUCGGCCCUGCAGUGAAGAUCUUGUUCGUGUGUGAGAGUGCGUGUGCGUGUGUGCCUGACUGCGUAAAGAAAUCAUCAUGGUCCUCGCCUACGUAAAAGGCUUCGGAAAGCAGCUUUUGCGAGUGAAGGUGGUGGACUGCAGCACAGAAGAGUCUCGUCUCUCCCGAUGCCUCAACACCUUUGACCUGGUGGCACUGGGAGUGGGCAGCACGCUGGGCGCUGGCGUCUACGUGCUGGCCGGGGCCGUGGCGCGGGAAAACGCCGGUCCGGCUAUCGUCCUGUCAUUUCUGAUCGCAGCGCUGGCCUCGGUGAUGGCCGGACUGUGUUACGCCGAGUUUGGAGCGCGAGUUCCCAGAACGGGCUCCGCGUAUCUGUACAGCUACGUGACGGUGGGCGAGCUGUGGGCCUUCAUCACCGGCUGGAACCUCAUCCUCUCUUAUAUCAUAGGAACGUCCAGUGUCGCUCGGGCCUGGAGUGCCACCUUCGACGAGCUCAUUGGCAAACAUAUAGAGAACUUCUGCAGGUUACACAUGAGUAUGAAGGCUCCUGGAGUGUUAGCAGAGUAUCCCGACAUGUUUGCUGUGCUAAUCAUCCUCACGCUGACAGCUUUGUUGGCGUUUGGGGUGAAGGAGUCCGCUAUGGUCAAUAAAGUGUUCACGUGUGUUAAUGUUCUGGUCUUGAUGUUUGUGAUCGUGUCGGGCCUGAUCAAAGGAACCCUCAAAAACUGGAGCCUGGAUCCUGUGGAAAUCCUUAACCAAACAUCCUAUGAGAAUACAUCAGAGGUGUUGCCAGCUAAAGAGAGUUUGGGUGUUGGUGGUUUCAUGCCGUUCGGGUUCUCCGGAGUUCUGUCCGGUGCCGCCACCUGCUUCUAUGCUUUUGUCGGGUUUGAUUGUAUCGCCACAACAGGUGAGGAGGUGAAGAACCCUCAGAGGGCGAUACCCAUCGGCAUUGUAGCAUCUCUUCUCAUCUGUUUCGUCGCCUACUUUGGCGUAUCAGCCGCCCUCACAAUGAUGAUGCCAUACUACAUGCUGGAUAAGAACAGCCCUCUUCCUGUGGCCUUCAAAUAUGUGGGCUGGGAAGGGGCGACGUACGCGGUAGCCGUCGGUUCCCUUUGUGCUUUGUCCACCAGUCUACUGGGAUCCAUGUUCCCACUGCCACGCAUUAUCUUUGCCAUGGCAAAUGACGGUCUCAUCUUCAGCUUCCUGUCUCGCGUCAGUGAGAGGAAAACGCCCAUCAUCGCCACCAUGGCGGCUGGGCUUCUGUCCGCGGUGAUGGCCUUCCUGUUUGAUCUGAAAGAUCUGGUUGAUCUCAUGUCCAUUGGCACUCUGCUGGCUUACACACUAGUCGCGGCCUGCGUCUUAGUCUUGAGGUACCAGCCGGAGCAGCCCAGCGUGAAUGUCCAGUAUCAGAGAGCCAGCUGUCGGGAGGAAACGGAGGCCGACUCUAUCAACGAGAGCAGCGCUGGUUUCCUGCCUGGAUCUCAAGACCUCUGCACCCUCAGCAACCUUCUGUCCCCCAAAAACGAGGAGCCGUCCCGUCUCUCUGGCUUCACUGUUAACAUCUGCACAAGUAUAUUAGGUGUUCUGGUUUGCGUGUUCUGUGUCGUGGCGGUCCAGGGGGGAUUUCAGAUCUGGGCUCUUGCGGUUCUUGCCAGUCUGGCUGCGAUUUGCUUCACCGUCACCAUGUUAAUAUGGCGGCAGCCUGAGAGCAAGACAAAACUGUCUUUUAAGGUUCCUCUGCUGCCGUUCCUUCCCGUCCUCAGCAUGUUCAUUAAUGUGUACCUGAUGAUGCAGCUGGACGCAGGCACCUGGAUGCGCUUCGCCAUUUGGAUGGCCAUAGGUUUUGUUAUUUAUUUUGGCUAUGGGAUCUGGCACAGCACAGAGGCGGCCUUGGCCAGCAACGACAUGGAAGACAUCAACGGCUUCAAAGCGACAAUGACAAACGAACCAGCCGGGCCUGAGAAAGAGGCUUUCUUGAGCAACGGUGUUAACGGCAGACCAGAGGAGAGCAGUGACCCUUGAGCAAACGCUUGAAAUACCACUCAUGGCAUUAUGCGCUCACUACGUACGUGACUUGAAACAACUGAAACUUCCAAACCGAGAGCUGCUAUUGACGUUCAAGACAGCGUGCUUUACGUGUUACUGUAGGUCCGAAGCACCUUUUUAAGCAGCAUUACGACAACACCGUCGGUUCUUCCUUCGCCCAAUCGGUUUGUUUUACCUAUUUAUUUUCGUAGCAUGUUGCCGUCAUGCUUGAUAAAUUAUUUUGAGCAAAACACAUUACAUUGUUACCCAACGAUUCCCUUUGCUGUGUGCGUUUUGUGUAUUUAAAGUUAUUCUGAAAGACAUCUGCUGAUAGCGACAGUAUCUGCGACCUUGCUUAAAAAUCACACCGCUCCAAAAGAAACUUUUUUUUUUUUUUUUUUUUUUUUCUUCGAGGUUUCAAAUAUUUAUUUAGCUCACCCAAGGUGCUUUAAUUCAAUUUUCUCAAUACGAGAAGAACAUUCGUGCUGCAAAUCGCAGUUAUGCUGUUAAGUCAGAGCUUUUUUUGGAUGGCUCUGUAACUUUCCAGUGCCUUUUCUCACUCUUUUUGAGGAAAAAAAUCAAGAAGGGAUCAGAGGGAAUUUUUUUGUAAUGUCCGUUUUCUUUCCAUUCAGCUCUUGUGCGCGUGAAGAUGUCUCUGUAAGAUGUUUAACGUUCGCACCCGGUGUUGGGCUAAAUGUUUUUGUACAGUAUUUUUCGGACUUUUGUGUGUUUCAUUUUUAUUUUAGUUCAAAAUUCAAAUUUCAGUCUGUUUGUAUAAAAGCAAAAAAACCAAAGAAUUCAGUAUGAUUUGAUUCGAAACUGCAUUAUUUUAUUGAUUUUGCCUAAACCCUAACAGGACUUUUAGAAACACUUGACUAUUGCAUGUGUCACAGUCACAGUACAUUUUCUACGCUGUACUUGAAGUAAUUGAAUAAAUGUAUAUUUGGUCGAUAAUGUCAAAAUGAAGUGAACUGUAAAUUUACUGUAAAUAUUUGUUUUUGUUGCAAUUGAUUUGUCUAUAAAGUAAAAAGUUUCUUGUA